CCGCGUGUCUUUGGAGACGCGUUUUGUGUUGUAUUCUCCAAAUGACGUUUCAUACUCUCGCGCGAUCCAACUUCUCGAUGGUUUUCGUUCUUGACUUUUUUCCACGAAGUUUGUCCAAGUGGUGUUGCCGUACAACUUUGGUUUUAGAUCGAUUUCUGUGUACGAGCGUCACUAGAUAAUUCUUCCUGAAUUACAGCUGCUGAACAUACUGAAGCCUUUUCGAAUCACUUGCUAGCCGCUAACGAAGAGAGGCGUUUCUUCUCAACGCAUCGCUAAACAGAGAUCAGUCGUGAGAGUCAAGUGUUGUUAUCAUCAGGUGAGAAUGUGUGCCAAACGUCUGAAAGAAGAGUACGGGGAGGAAAUUUGUGGAGCAGAUGAGGAUCAUCUACUAGAUGCUGUUUUCAAGGACCCCCAACACAGAGCAGACGUCAGUGAAGAAUAUCUUCACCCUGAGCAGCAGGAGCCAGGCCCCCCUCAUAUUAAGGAGGAAGAGGAGCCAGAGCCACCUUACAUUGAAGAGGAAGAGAAGUCAGAGCCUUACAUUAAAGAGGAAGAGGAGGAGGCUGAUAUCACCAAGUUUCCUUUGACUGUCAUUGUGAAGAGUGAAGAUGAUGAUGAAGAAAGUGAUGGAGACCACUGUGGAGGAUCCCAAGCGGACAACCUCUUAGCUCCACUAUCAGAUUGUGAAGACAUAAUGUCACAUGCUUCAGACACUCAUGAUGAACAUUCUAAUGGUGAUAUGACAUGUCACAGUGUCAACAAACGCUGGAAAUGUUCUCACUGUGACAAAACUUUUGUCUCCAAGUAUGUUUUGAAAAAUCACAUGAUUACCCACACAGGGGAGAAAACUUUCAGCUGCUCAGAUUGUGGUAAAAGAUUUGCUCGCAGGGAACAUUUGAACACACACGCAAGAACUCACAGUGGAGAGAAACCUUUUACCUGUUCAGUGUGUGGGCAAAGAUACUCUCGAAAGGCAAGUUUAAUAAGGCAUGCAAGAACACACACUGGAGAGAAACCUUUUGCCUGCUCAGUCUGCACCUUUGCUUUCAGUGACCGUUCAGGAUUGGUUCUACACAUGAGAACACACACUGGGGAGAAACCCUUUUCCUGCUCAAUGUGUGGUAAAAGAUUUGUUCGAAGUCGCAAUUUGACAAGACACUCAAGAACACAUACUGGAGAGAAACCUUUUGCUUGUUUAGUUUGUGGUAAAAUGUUCUCUUUAAAGGAAAGUUUAAUAAGUCACACAAGAACACACACAGGAGACAAACCUUUUUCCUGCUCAGUGUGCGGUGUUAGAUUAACUCAAAAGUUUAGUUUAACAAAUCACAUGAGAAUACACACUGGAGAAAGACCUUUUGCCUGCUCAGUUUGUGAUAAAAGAUUCUCUGAGAAGCGAUAUUUAACAGUGCACAAAAGAACACACACUGGAGAGAAACCUUUUGCUUGCUCAUUAUGCACCUCAAGUUUCAGUGAACGUUCAAAGUUGGUUAAACACACAAGAACACACACUGGUGAGAAACCAUUCAGUUGCAGUGUGUGUGAUAAAAGAUUCUCACGUAAGGAUCAGCUUAAGAAGCACAAGUGUGCUGGUGAAAAGAGCAGUGGUCAGUGAAGCUCCAGGACUUUAAACUGUAAACUUGUAACUAUGACUUUCUCGCCCACAUACAGUAAAUGUUGAUCGCUUGUGGUAAGCUAGCUGUAAAAGCGUAUAUGGGAUCCUGAAUUUAAAAAAAAAAGUAGUCAAACAUCAAUAGUAUUGAGGAUCUAAUAAUAUUUAAGCAUUGUGAUCAUUACCCACAUCUAUCUAUCUAUCUCACUUUCUAUCUAGCUAGCAUCCAUCCAUCCAUCCAUCUCAUAUCCCAAAAUACUCCUCUACGUGGUGCAGUAUUUUAUCCUAGCCCAGAAAGAGAAGGUUUCAGUGUCUAUCUUUGUCACAACAUUACAUGAUACUUGGGUUGUUACAAGUGUAGUCAGAAGUUCACAUUCACACCCAUCAUGGACAUGGAUGUCUUAGUAACACUGGUCUUUUAGUGUCCAAUCACAGGACUAGAUCUUGAUCUGAAGGCUGUGGCUGUUACUUGUAUACAGCGAGGGGAAAAAAUCUCCUGACCUCAACCCUAUUGAGAGUCUCUGUAGCGUCGCUCACACGUAGCCGAACUUGACUUCAGCUCCUGUAGUCACUCACUAAAGGCACACAUCCACCACAUGAAUACUAUAGUAUGUAUAGUAAUUAAACAUUGGAAACCCAGUUUACAUCUUUACAUGCUUGUUCAUAUUAUUAUUUUUAGACAAUACAGUGCUAUUUUCUCUAUUAAAAACAUGAAAGCAAACAUUGAGAGGUUAAUGGGGAGUUGUAUAUUCCAUCAUUUGUUUUUAUUUUGUUUGUUUCUAUGUCAGUCUGUCAAAAUAUGUCUUUUGAUGAAACCAGUCCCUGUUGUUGUGUUUUUGACUGUCCCUUUCAAUAAAUGGCUGAAAGUGCAACUUCGACUGUGGCUCUUCUUGCCUACAGGGGAGAGCAUUGCAGUACCUUAACUGUUCCUUCUUUAUUUAUUCUUUUUUUUUUUUCCUACUU